AUGUCUACUAAAACAAGCUCAUGGGCAUUUCCAUGGCUUCUUCUCAACAUAUUUCUUAUUCUUCACAUAGUACUCUCAUCCCACAUACCACCAAUAGUCCCUACAUGCAGGGACAAAUGUGGAAAUUUGACUAUCAAGUAUCCAUUUGGGUCGGAUUUCGGUUGUGGGCAUCCAGACUUUGCCAGAUACAUAAAAUGUACCUCAGGUGAGCUCUGGUUCUCUUCUGGAACCGGAGCUUACACGGUCUCAAACAUAGACUACACCACUUCCACCCUUGUCCUUACUGACCUUUUCAUGUCAACAUGUUCUUCCAUGCAAAAUUCUGGGAGCUUUCGCUUGGAUCGGGCCAGCCCGUUUAGAUUAUCAUCACAAGAUAUAUUUAUUUUACUAGGGUGCUCAAGGACAUCUCCGGUGUUUGACCCAAAUGAGGAUUUGUGUGACACGGGUUCGGGCUUGCAUCUUUGUAGGGGAUUGUAUUCUUGUGAAGGGAUAAGUGGUAUUGGAUUGGAGCCAAAUGGGCCUGUGUCUAGCUGUUGUGUUUAUCAGCCCAUUAUUCAAUAUGGGUCAGGAUAUGGGCUGGACCUACCAAAACUACAAUGCUCGUCUUAUGCAUCGAUGUACGGGUUUGGUGGGGAUGAGACGGAUCCGAUGAAAUGGCAAUUUGGUAUAUCUUUGGAAUAUAAUGACUCGUAUUAUACAAAAACGUGUAAGGAGUGUGAGGCGAGUGGUGGUUUUUGUGGGUUCGCUGGUUAUAAACAGUCUUUUUCUUGCAUUUGUCGUGGUGGUGGAAAUUCUACCACCAAUUGCUAUGGCCGAGCUUAUGCGUGGAGUGGGGCAUGGAGACACAAAAUUCAAACCAAAAUAACAUUUGGAGGAAGUUUACUCUUUGGGUUGUUACUUCUCCUUUGAAAUUUUUAGGAAAUUGGUUAUUUUAUUUUGUUGGUUCAAGAAAGACAAAUGUUUUGGGAGCUAAAACUCUUAUAAAUCAACAACAAAUGAGUUUUUUUUUUUCAUCACAAUAUGUACUUUAGAGUACUUUAUAUAUUUGGAUUUCCGUAUGCUAUAUAUAGUAGAGUAUGGACUAUGGUCGAUAGAUUCA